CCCGGCUAUGGUCGCCGCGGCGGAGGACGAUCUUGACAAGCAACACGCCGACGAGGGCUACGACGAGCUCGACAGCUACAUCCGGCGCAAGAAGAAGGUACCGUGCGGCGAUGUCUAUGAGGCCGCGAGGGCGGGCGACAUCGAUCGCCUCAAAAUCCUGCUCGAAUCGGGCAUCAACGUGAAUGCUCGGGACGAAUGGGACUCGGUGGCGCUGUAUUACGCGUGCCUGGCCGGGCACGAGGACGCGGCCAGGAUCUUGCUAGAGGGAGGCGCGAUUUGCAGCGAGCACACGUUUGAUGGCGAUCGGUGCCACUACGCGGCGCUGAAUCUCAGGGUGAGGCGAUUGCUCAAGCUGUUCGAGGCCCGGCCGCCACCGCUGGCGCCACUGCCGGAUUCUCUCAGGGCCCUCUUCUUCCGGUCCGGCCAGAAUCACAGGUUUCUCGAUCCGACGCUGGGCGACACUGGGAAUUUCGAUGCUGACGAGCUGGGCGAUCCAGUCGGGCCGGACAUUGUGUUCUACGCCCAAGGGCAGCCGAUCGCUGCUCAUCGCGCCAUCCUCUCGGCGCGCUGCCGGUUCUUCCAGCGAAAGUUUGAGAAAGAGUGGAAGUCACGCAGCGAGAUCCGGUUCUCCAGGAACAGGCUCUCGUUCCACGCGCUCUUUCGGCUCAUCAGCUUCUUCUACUGCGAUGUCUUGGACGUGGCCGUGGACGACAUGGAGGACUUGCUCAGGAUUUGCAAGGUGUGUGGAUGCUCGGGGCUCCAGAGGGUCCUCGAGAAGGAGCUCGUUCAUCAAAAGUUUGCCGACUACAAGUCACUCAACACCGACGAUGACUCGCUCAAGAGGUUUAUCAUGCAAGGCUCGUCGCUGCCCGACGAGGAGAGACUGACUUGGGCGAUGGAUCGCCUCUUCAGCCUCUUGAAACAUAAAAGUUUCGGGGAAGAGAAGGUUGAUGGAGGCCAGGACUUUGCAGAUAUAUGCUUUCUGGUGGAGGACACCAGUUUCAGAUGCCAUCGCGCGAUUGUAGCAGCGCGGUCCGAUUACCUGCGGACACGAAUUCUCAGGAUGGGAGAAUUCAGUGGAGCUGUGUGUGUCCCGGAGGCUGAUGGCUUGGAGAUUCUGGAAGAACGGGAUUUGAGUGCCGACGUGUUUGGCAAGGUGCUCCGAUACAUCUACACAGAUGUCUUGGAGGAAUUUGAACUUGAACAGGCUGAAGAACUUCUCGAUGUUGCUUCAAGAUAUCUUUUGUUUCCUCUCAGGCGCGCGGUGGCGGACGCUGUAUAUCCACAUUUGGAGAAUGCGUCGCCAGCGGAGUUAUGUAAAUGGCUCCUUGUCGCAGACAUGUACGGGGUCACGAGAAUCAGGGAAUUUUGCCUUGAUACCAUCGCCGUGAAUUUUGAAAGCUUUGCGGCUACAUCGGAGUUUAAGGCUUUGUUACAAAGGCUUCCACCGCCAUCAGGAGAUACAUCAACGAGAACCACGAUACCAAACGCUCCGGGGGGUGUUAAAGACGACAGUCAAGGGAACUUACUGGACGAUUUACGUGAAAGGUGGCUAGAGGCUGAAGGUGCAGAACUUGACCAGAGGGAUGAAAGUGCCAGGGAUUUUGACAAAGUGCUAGAGCUGCUUCGUUCAACCGCAGAGAAUGACGACACGGAAAGUCUGGAACUGGUUUAGAAAUCAGGCGGCUGCCUCAGUUCAGGCUUUAUAAUUACGGGUCUUCGAAUCUUCACGUGUUCAAGCUCGGCCUGCUCAAUACGGAUCAACUAUGGGAAACGUCUCUCAAAUCGCCGAUUUUACCUCUGAGGUUCGAAGUGAGGAUCGUCUUUUAAUUUUGUCAAAGUUUUGCUGCACUUGCUCUCGAGAAUUUUCGAGAAUCGGUGCUAAUACCAGAGCUGCAGAUACCAGGUUAUACAGCUAUUACAGGAUUCUUAUACACUGAUGAACCAACCAGCAUUAUCAAGAGCCUGUUGAGCCGGCAUGCCAAUCACGUCUUCUAUUCGGGUAUUGUGCUGAGCUUCUUUGAGAUCCUUUGCGCUGUUUGGACCUCUUGCUGAGGACAAACUUUCCAGCGAGCGUUCCAAAGUGGUUAGAAAGACGUCGCCGUAUGAAUCAGGAUUUUGCUCGAGAGACUCUUCUAGACCGCUUGUGCUGAAGCCAUCAACUUUCGUCAGGUUGGAGCAUCGGCACUACGCAUGCGGAGCUCUUUCAACUUUGGCAAGGCAGUUUUCAGUUUCUCUUCGAGGUGACUUUGAAGCUUGCAGCAUUGAUUUUGCGAUAUGUUCAAGAACAUCAACGACUUGGGGAGUUCCAGAUCUGAAGAAGCACAUGAACAAAAGGUUUCGGAGUAGAAAGCCCGCUCACCUGGAUCAACGUGGCUGAUAGAAUUGUUGGAGGCGUCAAGGAAAGCGAGCUUUGGCAGUGAUUGCAGACCUUGCAAACUGGUAAGGUGGUUCCCAGAAACGGUGAGGAAUUGCAGGUGCUUGGCGGCUUCUAUGCCAUUCAAGGUUGUGAGCUCGUUCUUCAGUAAAACAGGUCAGGUUAUUUCAGAAGGAUGGACAGAUAGUGGACUACUACCUCUUGGAGAUAUAGGCUGGUUAGAUUUCGUAGGCACAGGAAGAAGGCAGGCUCUAGUAACAGGAUGUGCUCACGGUCAAGACGAACGUGUGUUAGUCCUUUCAAGGCUUCUUCUCUGGUUGGACAGCAGUGAGUUUUCAGAGCCCGAGCUAGCCAAGGUAACUCACAUUGCGUGUGCGGAUGCUACGUCCAAGAACUGGGAUGGGAGGUUCCUUUCGGCAACCAUGGCAGCCCAAAGAGCCAUUGCUUCUCUUCGAAGAUGAAGCUCUUCCUGCCAGUCUCGUUCUUCCAUGGUCCGUGCCGUCUCUGUGCUUCGAAUUUGAAACUUAACCGCGAAAGGUGAAAUCGCCGGCUGUUCGGCCGACGGUUUCGACGGUUGUUUGUCAGGCCGAAGGACGCCGGAGCAUUGCUAAACGCAACUUGGUCUCGAUGAUGAUGGGAGGAGCUAUUGCGAACUCAGAGUAGCUCUCCUGUGCGUCGUCCUUUGCUAUCCCGAGAGCUGCUCCAAGGCCCUGGCUCAGAGCUUGAGCUGCCUCUCUCGCUUUCGCUAGGCUGUAACGACGACACAACUUACACAGUCGCAGGAUGAUCAAGCAGGCAAACUUCUCGAGAUCGAGCAAUACGGUCCAAGGAGAUCGAAGAUUUACGCAGUGAUGAUCAAUCAGGCAAACUUUUCUAGGAGGAGCAACGCGAUCCAAGGAAAAGAAUUUGAUCGAGAAAAGAGAAGAUUUACCCCUCACUUCCAGCGUUCUUGGCGUCUCCAAAAUGCUGCCGCGGGUCUCGAUCUUUACUGCGAUGUUCUCGAUCGUCGUCCGCCAUUCUUGUUCGUUCGUUUUCUUCCCUCUUCUAUUCUUUUUACUCUCCAGGGGAUGAAAUUCUCGAGUCACGACUGUUUGUCAUGCGUGGCCUCCACGUCAGCCUUUUAUAAUCAACACGUGUACUUUGUUUUUUA